CAAAAUGCAAAAUCAUCAAGUAUGUGCAGAUUCGCAUAUGUCAAGAAUCACAACCAAUACCAAAGUUGAUUGAGCAAAUACGAUUUCAACAGAUGGUGAAGCUGAAGCACGAUCCCUCAUUGUAUUAUUUCUCUCCCCUUCUUCCCCUUCGACAUCAUUUUCUUCCUCAUCAUCAUCGAAUAAAUUCAAUGGGCUUGCGCACACUCACCUCCAAUAUAUAUACACACCCUCCUUCACUAGCCUCCUCGUCUCAAGUUCUUAACCUUCACUCACCACUGCGCACAUUAGCAGGCGCAUUUUCCUCCAAAAUGGCUUCCAACCUGCUAUUGUUCGCCGCCGUGAUCUGCAUUGCCGCCGCCGCCGUCAACGGCCAAUCUCCGACGAAUUCUCCUGCUCCGCCCACUCCGACCACUCCUGCUCCCCCAACUCCCACUCCUCCCACCGCGACGCCGCCUCCGGCCACCACCACUCCGCCGCCGGCAGCUACGCCGGCUCCCCUUGCUUCCCCGCCAGCUUUGGUUCUGGCUGCGGCUCCGUCGAAGCCGACAUCUCCGGCUCCAUCGCCGCUGCUGUCGAGCCCUCCGUCGCCGCCGACCGGAGCUCCGGGCCCCAGUCUCCCCGGCCUCUCUCCUGCUCCGUCCGCCACAGAUCAGAGUGGAGCAAAUCCAGUGGGUGUGGCGCAGAUGGUCAGUGGCAGCGCUAUUUUGGGCUGGGCUUUGAUGUUUUUGGUCUGGGCUUAGAUUACUCUACUUGGGCCUUUUCCUAUGCUUGAAUUUCAGCCCACAUUUAUGUAUUAUGCUAUUUUAUAUAUUUGUUCACAUUUAGUUGCUUGUAGAGAUUUUGGAUGUACCUUUGAUUUUAUACAUUGAUUUGGAUUCUUUCUUGUAUUCACUACUCCAGUCAUUUUAUUAUCAUUUCUUCAUUA